AUGGCUUGUAAUAUAAGGCUUCCUGUCCUGGAAAACCAGUUGACGUGUCCGAUCUGCCUGGAGGUGUUUAAGGACCCCGUUAUGUUGCAGUGUGGCCACUCGUACUGCAGGGACUGCCUGUUGGGACUGAUGAAGGAAUCGCACAUCCACCUCCUUUGCCCCGUGUGUCGGCAAGAAGUGGACUACAGCUCCUCUCCUCCUAACGUUACACUGAACCAUCUUAUUGAGACCUUGAAGAUACUGAGCGAGGAGCAAACCACAGCAGAGAUGUGUCCUAAUCAUAAUAACCCACUCUGCCUAUACUGUGAACAGGACCAGGAAGUCAUCUGUGGCUUAUGUGGAACUAUUGGGGACCACCGACAACACUCAGUCACACCACUGACCAGUGUGUAUAGCAGAAUGAAGGAAGAAGUGUCUGCACUGAUGACGGAGCUGCAGAAAGAGAGAAGAGGUCUGGAGGAACAUAUAAGCAAACUUACCAACAACAAGACCCGGAUCUUAAAUGAAUCAGACGUGUUUCAGCGAUUAAUCUGCAAGGAAUUCCGUGAGCUCCAGCGAUACAUUGCGGAAGAAGAGGCCCAUUUUGUCAAGCUGGUAUCCACAAAAGCUACAGAACUCAUCAAUUCCAUUGAGAUCCAGUUACAGCAAAGAAAUGAGAUUCUGAGCAUUGUACAAGACAAAGAGAAGCAACUGGAGAACCUGGGAAAUGAGAAUCACUUGCAUUUCAUCCAGUAAAGUAAAAUUUUCUCUCGCAGUUGUCAGCCCCCGCUCCCUCGCUGUGCCGACACUUCUUAUAGUGCCGUGUCCUUUAAGCCUGGAUUUCGACAAGAUGACAUUAAACUGACAGUCUGGAAGCGCCUGCACCGUCGGAUUCUGCCUACUCCAGAGGUUCUGAAACUAGACCCCCUCACAGCGCAUCCAUUUCUGGAGCUAUCCAGAGGAGAUACCGUGGUGCAGUGCAAGUCACUCGCUGGCCGUCGUGGCAGCAAUCCAGAGGGCUUUGAAAACAGCAGCUGUGUGCUGGCAACCCGUGGCUUUUCCACAGGCAAGCAUUACUGGGAAGUAAUCGUUGGCGCCAAACAGAAGUGGAGAAUCGGUGUGGUGAAGGGCACAGUAAGCCGUAAAGGAAAGAUGAUUCGAUCGCCAGAAGCAGGAGCAUGGCUCAUUGGCCUUAAAGAAGGACGUUAUUACGAAGCCUUCACAUCUCCCAGUGUCUAUCUGCCCAUCCAAACCCGUCCGCAGCGCAUUGGCAUUUUCUUAAAUUAUGAGAAAGGGGAGCUUACAUUUUAUAAUGCAGACAGCCCGGAUGAACUGAUACCUCUAUAUACAUUUCGUGCCGAAUUCCAUGGAAAGCUUUACCCUGUUCUGGAUGUUUGCUGGCAAGAGAGGGGAACCAAUCCUCAACCUCUGAUACUGCCUAUAUCAGCAGCCAUCAAAGCUCCAUGAUUGUGUUAACAGUUC